AUGUUUAAUAGUUACAUUUGUGUAAGAGAGAAGAAGAUAAUGAAUGGUAUCAAAACCGAAGAACAAUGCUAUGAUAGUAGAAAUAAUUCAUUGCCAUUAUCUGCAUCAUCCAUGGAAUUAAAUGAAACAACAACAACUGAAGAGGAUGACGAAGAUGAAAUUGAUGAGACAACAAAUGAGUUAUUAAAGAAAACACAUGAUAGUGGAUUUGUUGAUGCGAGCGAUGAGAAAGAAGUUACAAAAGUAAUACGUUCAUAUUCAAAUUAUACUAGUACACCAUUAAGACCAGUGACAAACAAUAUACGAGAACAUAUUGGUGAAUCAUCUUCAAUUAUUGAACGUCAUUUGUCUAGUGAUGAUACAAAAUUUGAUGAUGGAAAAAAUUGUCGAAAUACAAGAUUUCUUGGUAGUAAAGCAGUAGCAAUUUUAGAUAAAUGGUUCCAUUCAAAUCGAGAUUAUCCAUAUCCAGAUGAUGAAAAAACAGAACAAUUAGCAUUUGAAGCUGGCAUCACAUCGAAACAAGUCAAAAAAUGGUUUGCAAAUAAACGAGUUCGUUCACAGUCAUGUUAUAAACCAUUAUAUCGAUCUCGUAAGUCACGAAUAAAUUCAUAUCAACCUACUUCUGCCCAUAUUCGUCCACCUAUUUUACCUCCGCCAACAAAUUACAAUUACAUCAUUAAUCAUAACAAUAUUGCACCUCAAUCUCAACAAUCAGCUUCGACAUUCCAAAAUAUAGUUGCAUCAUCUCAUCCAUCACAAAUGCCUGCAUGGCCGUUAUCUUUUUCUCCACAUCAGCAAUAUCCAUUUCCUAAUCCAUUUUUUAAUCCUAUGUUAAUGAAUCCAUUUACAAUGAUGAUAAUGAUGAAUCCGUUAUAUGCUCAACAACUAUUAUCAACAAUGGCUUCUAAUGGAUCUAUUCUGUCUGCUCCAACGUCACAAUCUCCAGUACAGACAACUCAAGCAAAACAGCCCCAGUCUAGUACACCUAAUACAUCAUCAACAACAACAUCUGGUAAAAGCAGGCGAUUUUGGAUGUGA